CCAGCCGCUCGGCUCGGCGCGGCCGCGCGGCCGCGCGGCGGCCCGGAGCCAUGCGCGAGGGCGGCGGGCCAGCGGCGCUGGGGGUCCGGGCGGCCCUCUGGACGGGCGGCCGCGGCGGCGGCGGGCUCCUCGGCGGCGGCCUGGCCGCCGCGGGCCAGGAGGGCGGGCCCGGGAGGGCCGCGCCGGGCGUGGGCGUCCACGACCCCGCCGCGGCCGGCGGGCUGCCGCCGUCAGGCGAGCUCGAGCGCAGCCAGCGCCGCAUCACAUCGAGGAGGAGGUCCAUCGCUUCCAGCGUGUCGAGCGGGGCCCCCGCAGCCGCCAGGGAGUGCGUCGCCGCUCGGCACCUCACGAUUCCGUCGGACAGGCCGCUGACCCAGGAAGAAGAGCUGCUGUUGCAGGUGCAGCAGCAGGAGGAGGAGGCCGAGUACGAGGAGCUGCUGAGCUUCCAGCGGGAGCGGAGGCUGGAGCGCACUCGCAGGCUGGAGGAGCUGAACGCCUUCUGGCAGAAGAAGGUGUCCUUCCUCGAGGCCGAGAUCGGCCAGCACACCAAGCAGCUCCAGCAGAAGUGCCACGAGCUCGAGGAGC